UGGCAACAGUGCUUGGCAGACAGAGAAAUGAGGAAGAUACCAAAUCACGGGAACCUGCGGGUGGCCAGGGUGGCAUACCCUCUGGGGCUGUGCGUGGGCCUCUUCAUCUACGUCGCCUACAUCAAGUGGCACCGGGCCUCCGCCACCCAGGCCUUCUUCAGCAUCGCCGGGGCAGCCUCGGGGAUGCAGUGGGGCCAACAGGCCCACAGCCUCCCGGGGACACCCAUGCGUGGGCACGAGGUCUUCUAUGGGAUCAUGUUUGACGCAGGAAGCACCGGCACCCGAGUGCACAUCUUCCAGUUCACCCAGCCACCUGGAGAAACGCCGUCCUUGACCCAUGAAACUUUCAAAGCCCUGAAGCCAGGUCUUUCUGCUUAUGCUGAUGACGUUGAAAAGAGUGCCCAGGGCAUCCAGGAGCUACUGGAUGUGGCUAAACAGGACAUCCCGUCCGACCUCUGGAAGGCCACCCCUCUGGUCCUCAAGGCCACAGCUGGUUUGCGCCUGUUACCAGGAGAAAAGGCUCAGAAGUUACUGCAGAAGGUGAAAGAAGUGUUCAAGGCCUCACCCUUCCUUGUAGGAGAUGACUGUGUUUCCAUCAUGAAUGGAACAGAUGAAGGUGUGUCAGCGUGGAUCACCGUCAACUUCCUGACAGGCAGUUUGAAGACCCCGGGAAGGAGCAGUGUGGGCAUGCUGGAUUUGGGUGGAGGAUCCACUCAGAUCACCUUCCUACCACAGGUCGAGGGCACCCUGGAGGCCUCCCCACCUGGCUACCUGACGGCACUGCGAAUGUUCAACAGGACCUACAAGCUGUAUUCCUACAGCUACCUCGGGCUCGGGCUGAUGUCGGCGCGCCUAGCGAUCCUGGGCGGUGUGGAAGGGCAGCCUGCUCAGGAUGGAAAGGAGUUAGUCAGUCCUUGUCUGUCUCCGAGUUUCAAGGGAGAGUGGGAACACGCUGAAGUCACAUACAGGAUCGCAGGGCAGAAGGAAGUGGCAAGCCUCCACGAGCCUUGUGCCAACCGGGUGGCAGAAGUGCUUCGCAACAAAGUGCACCGGGCAGAGGAAGUGCUGCAGGUGGACUUCUAUGCCUUUUCCUACUACUACGAUCUCGCGGCCAGCAUCGGCCUCAUAGACACAGAGAAGGGAGGCAGCCUCGUGGUCGGAGACUUUGAGAUGGCAGCCAAGUACGUGUGUCGGACGCUGGAGACACGGCCACCGCGCAGCCCCUUUGCGUGCAUGGACCUCACCUAUGUGGGUAUGCUGCUCCAGGAACUCGGCUUUCCCCGGGACAAAGUGCUGCAGCUGACUCGGAAAAUUGACAACGUUGAGACCAGCUGGGCCCUGGGGGCCAUCUUCCAUUACAUCGACUCCCUGAACAGACAGCAGAGUCCAUCCUCAUAG